AUGUCUAGAGCAAAUAAAUAAGCCGAGUAAGCACCUGCUUAAAAUAAUAAAUAGAAGGGUGCACCAGCUGCUAAACCUUAAAAACCCAAGGAAAAUUAUUUGACUCCAGAGGAAAUCAAUGAUUUGAGAGAAACUUUUGAUUUGUUUGAUGAUGAUAAGAGUGGCACAAUAGAUGCUCACGAAAUAAAGAAGGUACUUGAGGACUUAGGCGUAGAUGCAAGAAAUAAAUUUGUGUAUCAAAUGGUGCAAGACUUAGAAAAUCAUGGAGAGUCUAUCAAUUUCGAUACUUUUGUCGAUAUUAUUUCAAACAGAUUGGGAAACAAUAAAACAAGGGAAGGAGCAUAAAAAUUGUUUUAAAUUUACGAUCCUGAAGAUACUGGAUUCAUUGAUUUUACAAAUUUAAAACGUGUAGCUAAAGAACUGGGAGAAACUUUAAAUGAUGAUGAAUUGCAUGAAAUGAUCCAUCAUAUUCAUAUCCUCAGAAAAACAGAGAGUCCUGAACAAAUCUCAUUUGAAGAAUUUUAUGAGAUCAUCACAGCUCCAAGAAGAUAUUGAUAAAAAUAAAUAAUACAUAUAUAUCUAUAGAUAUCAGUUGA